UGAGAAUUUGGGGUCUGCAUCCCACUGUUCUUCUGCUCCCUCAGGGGUUCUCUGUUGUGCUCCCUGUCAGGGCAGUCAUCGGUUGUGGCCGGGCACCAUCUAGUUCUUCUGGUCAUAGUAAAAACUUGAAACAGAAAAGAGACAUGGCUUGCUUAGCAAGAAGAUUAGGAAAGAGCUUUGAGGAGGGAAAGAUAGCCACUGCCAAGCACUGGUCAAGCCUGAAGGUGAGAAGCAAACAGGAAGCUGACUGCCCACCAUCAAAUGGUUCUGAAGGAAUACGAAAAUGGCUGUUUUGGUUUUGAAAGGGGGAGAGAGGCCAGAGGCAGAGGAGGCUUGCCGGCAGCUAUUGCUGAUCCUCUAGAUGUUGGGCGAUAAGGGCACAGUUUCAAAUGACUUGGUUGUGAGAGUAAAAGGGGAGGCCCUGGGAGGCAGGGAAUGAAUCAGCAGGAUUUGGGAGUGGGUGGAGUGGAGUAAGCCUGCUGUUGAGAAGGGACUAAAAACUACUCCAGGUCUGGGAGUGGAGCGGGGGUAGGGGUCAUUUGAAGGAUUGCUAUGCUACUGGCAACAAGGGAAAUUGGAAAGACUGGCCACCUUAGGGGACAGUGCACAGAGCUUAAGUUCAGAGUGUAGCGUGUUGAGUAUCUGGUGGCCCCGGGUAGAAGUUCUGCAGCGGGGAGCAGACUGUGGGACGAAGAGAACAGGAAAACACUCAGUUCUGCCCCUCCUAUCACUGCCCUGUCCCUAGACUGGCCCAACCCUUUAAGAAUAAAACCAAAACACCAAACCUGUUGUUGUAGACUCAAUUCUGACUCACAGCAACCUAUGAGCCGCUUCAUAGGGUUUUCUUGGCUGUAAUCAUUACGGAAACAGAUCACCAGGCCUUUGGUGUCGCUGGAUGGGUUUGAACUGCCAACUUUUAAGUUAGCAGUGAAGCACAAACUGUUUGUGCCACCCAGGAUCCUUCCUUUAAGAAUAGCUCUCCUGAGCAGUGGGAUGCAAACCCCAAAUUCUUGUACAAAGACCAGACUUAAUGGUCUGACUGAGGCCAGAAUGACCUCGGAGGUGGUGGUCGUCCCCAGACCUUAUGUUAGCCCAAGACAGGAACCAUUCCCAAAGCCAAUUCUUCAGACAGGGAUUGGACUGGACUAUAGGAUAGAAAAUGAUACUGGUGAAGAGUGAGCUUCUUGGAUCAAGAAGACACAUGAGACUAUGUGGGAAGCUCCUGUCUGGAGGGGAGAUGAGAAGGCAAAGGGGGUCAGACGCUGGCCGAAUAGACACGAAAAGAGAGAGUAGAGGGAAGAAGUGUGCUGUCUCGUUAGGGGGAGAGCAACUAGGAGUAUAUAUAGCAAGGGAAAUAAAAGGAGCAAAGACGAACCCCACUGCGAGGGACCACAAGACAGUGCCAGGAUAAAGGAGUUGGAGUGACCUGGGUGAUUUUGAGUGAAUCAGUCAGGGAAGCCUUCCUGGAGGCUAAGGUCCCAAAGUGUGGCCACCACGACUUAAUGCACUCUCUCCAGGGUGGGCCCAGCACUUGGAGCUGACCUAGCUGGGCCUCACCGAUUCCAGAGGAUGAGGCUCCUCCGCAGACGCCACAUGCCCCUGCGCCUGGCCAUGGUGGGCUGCGCCUUUGUGCUCUUCCUCUUCAUUCUGCAAAGGGAUGUCAGCAACAGGGAGCAGGUCACGGAGAAACCAUGGCUAAAGUCCCUGGUGAGUCAGAAGGAUCACGUCCUGGACCUCAUGCUGGGAGCUGUGAAUAACCUUAGGGAUUCGAUGCCCAAACUCCAGAUCAAGGCUCCAGAGCCCCAGGAGACCAUGGUGUCAACAAACCAGUCCUGCCUCCCUGGGUUUUAUGUCCCAGCCGAGCUGAAGCCCUUCUGGGAACGGCCACCGCAGGACCCCAAUGGUCCUGGGGCAGACGGAAAAGCAUUUCAGAAGGACAAGUGGACCCCGCAAGAGACCCAGGAAAAAGAGGAGGGCUAUAAGAAGCACUGCUUCAAUGCCUUUGCCAGUGACCGGAUUUCCCUGCAGAGGGCACUGGGGCCAGACACCCGACCCCCUGAGUGUUUGGACCAGAAGUUCCGGCGCUGCCCCCAACUGCCCACCACCAGUGUCAUCAUUGUGUUCCACAACGAGGCCUGGUCUACACUGCUGCGAACGGUGUACAGUGUCCUGCAUACUGCCCCUGCCAUUUUCCUGAAGGAGAUCAUACUGGUGGAUGAUGCCAGCACUGAAGAGUACUUAAAGGAGCAGCUGGACCAGUACGUGAAGCAGCUGCAGAUCGUGAGGGUGGUGCGGCAGCAGGAGCGGAAGGGGUUAAUCACUGCCCGGCUGCUGGGGGCCAGCGUGGCACAGGCAGAGGUGCUCACAUUCCUGGAUGCCCACUGCGAGUGCUUCCAUGGCUGGCUGGAGCCCCUCCUGGCUCGCAUUGCUGAGGAUGAGACAGUGGUGGUCAGCCCAGACAUCAUCACCAUUGACCUGAACACUUUCGAGUUCUCCAAGCCUGUCCAGAGGGGCAGAGUCCAUAGCCGGGGCAACUUUGACUGGAGCCUGACCUUCGGCUGGGAAACUGUCCCUCUGCAUGAGAAACAGAGGCGCAAGGAUGAGACCUACCCCAUCAAAUCCCCGACGUUUGCUGGUGGCCUCUUCUCCAUCUCCAAGUCCUACUUUGAGCACAUCGGUACCUAUGAUAAUCAGAUGGAGAUCUGGGGAGGGGAGAACGUGGAAAUGUCCUUCCGGGUGUGGCAGUGUGGUGGUCAGCUGGAAAUCAUCCCCUGCUCUGUGGUAGGCCAUGUGUUCCGCACCAAGAGCCCCCACACUUUCCCCAAAGGCAUCAAUGUCAUUGCCCGCAACCAAGUACGCCUGGCUGAGGUCUGGAUGGAUGACUACAAAGAGAUUUUCUACCGGAGAAACCUGCAAGCAGCGAAGAUGGCUGAAGAGAAAUCCUUUGGUGACAUUUCGGAACGACUAAAGUUGAAGGAACAACUACACUGUCACAACUUUUCCUGGUUUCUACACAAUGUCUACCCAGAGAUGUUUGUCCCUGACCUGAAGCCCACCUUCUAUGGAGCCAUCAAGAGCCUUGGGACCGAUCACUGCCUGGAUGUGGGAGAGAACAACCAUGGCGGGAAGCCCCUCAUCAUGUACCCCUGCCACAGCCUCGGCGGCAACCAGUACUUUGAGUAUACAACCCAGAGGGACCUUCGCCACAACAUCGCGAAGCAGCUGUGUCUACAUGCCAACGCUGGCACUCUGGGCCUUAGGAGCUGUCACUUCACUGGCAAAAAUAGCCAGGUUCCCAAGGACGAAGAAUGGGAAUUAACCCAGGAUCAACUCAUCAGGAACUCAGGAUCUGGUACCUGCCUGACAUCCCAGGACAAGCAGCCAGCCAUGGCCCCCUGCAAUCCCAGCGAUCCCCACCAGCACUGGCUCUUCACCUAGGACCCUGGAUCACCACUCAGUGGGAGCCUCCACAGCCACUCAGGAAACAGGAUUGCUGAUGUCUGGGAACCCAAUCAUCAGCACCUUUGCAGGCCUUAUAGAUGGAUUUCUAAACUCAAUGAAUAUCAAGGCAGGAACUUUCUACUCCUUGCAAAAACAUUGGGCCCAUUUUUUUUUUUUUUCUCCCACACUGAUGGAAGGACACAUCGAUUGAAGGAUUUGGUCUAGGACAUUCCUUCUGUCCUAGAAACAGAGGCCUCCAAAGCAGAGAAGGCAGCUAGGGGAGGGCUCAGGACAACAAUGCUGAACUCAAGAAAAGUACCUCUGCAGUCUUCUUCCCAGUCCCUGCUCACCCAGAGCACCCACAGAAUCUAGUGAAAUAAUUUGACCUAACAGGAGGAUUGGAGGUCUAAGACAGCCUCCCUUGCUAAUAUUACUCAAAGUUUGUAGAACCAGUUAUAGUUUACAGAAAGCACCCUGGCCCAUGUCCAUUAUCUUAUUUCAUCUGCACAAUAAUGCUUUGAGAAAGCCAGGCUAGAAAUCACCUUGCCCAUUUUACAGAUAAGAAAGCUAAAGGCAAAGAGCUUCAAGGGGCUCACCCAUAGUCCCACAGCUAGCAGAUGGUGGAGCCAGGAUUGAGACUUGAUCUUCAACUUGGAAUCAGGGUUCCUUCCACCACGCCACAAGAACACUAGAUAACUAGCAGCCAGUCUUCCUGGUUCCUCUUCCCUCCAUUUCUAAUUGUUUCCAGCUGGGUGGCCUUCAUAAAGCCUAGAACAACGGAGACAGGUAGCCAUGUUGGGAGAGACCUCAUUUGGGAAUCCUGGGAUGUUGGUGUUGAAAGAAAGCUCAUGGAGCUGGUGACUCUCAAGUUUAAGUCCCAGAACCCUUUGUUCAAAAUCCUGUAUAUAAAGUAGAUAAAAGGCAAAGUAGCUAUGGGUAAAAUUGAGGGACGGUGGGAGGGCAAUGUCUACCAGUCCCUGAACUUCCAACGGUCUGUAGGACACAAUUUGAAAACUGUCUUUUAGUCCAACCUUACCAUUUUCAUAUUACAUCCAGAGCCAGAGAGGUGAAAUAAUCUGUCCAAGGCCACACAGCAAGGUAUUGGCAGAUCUGAAGCUAAAACCCAGGCCUCCUGAACAGGUAGGCUAACAAGAGCUCUGGGAGUCUGAGGAAGCAGGGACAGCGUACAGAGUGAACUCACAUGAAGUCCCCAUGUGCAUGCCAGCUCUUCUCCAAGCAAGUUGGAACCCAUGGUGACCACAUCUGGGCCCCACUGCACAUGGCUUCUUUGCCUGAAGUAGAGAGCCCAGAUGCCUAGACAGGGCUGAGAUUCCAUACAGAAGGGUUUUUUUUUUUUUUUUUUUGACUCAGUGGCAGACUGUAAUCUUGGGCAUUGCCACAUGAGGGUGCCAUCAGACCACGACUACCUUUUGUUACGGUGCGCCACUGAGGAAGGUCUGCUAGGUCCCUGAGAGCCCGAGGGACCCUAUAGAGGAGACUUUCUGGAGUAUCCCAGCCAAAGGGAGAGAAGAGCAUGGCCAGGAUGUCACCUGGGGUGGAGAAAGAGAACAGUUCUUUCCUGGAAGAGAAGAGAACUGGACAUGGUAUCUCAGCGGGAAAUAAAGGUUUUAUGACAUUAGUAAAGUAAGUUUGUGUUAAGUUCCUCCUCCCCUGUGUUUUCCGUUAAAUGAUCCAUUUGGAGAAUCUGUUGAUUCACCUCUGGAAGAGUGUGUCACAGUCACUGUCUCUUGUCCCCAAAUCUACCCUACAUAAUAUAUGUCAAGCACAGCGUAGACAUGAGUAUGGGGAAAUAUAAGAUGGGGUCCUUCUAGCUGGGGAAAGAAGAUAUAAGCAAAUGACAAGCCUGGAGAUGUUUAAAGGUAUGCUAGGUGGGUUAAAAGGAACAGUUCCUUUCAUUUAGGUGAAUUAGUGAAGGCCUCACGAAGACAGUGACGUCUGACCUAAGACCUCAAAGGAUGAGUGGUCAGAUGGGAAAGGCUCAAUAAGCAAAGAUCUACCAUCAGCAAAGCCACUGAGGCACAGAGGUACAAGUAGGUCUGGAAAAUCAAAAGGACAUCAGGGUGAGGGAGUGGUAGGUACAGAAGUAAUAAGAGCAGGACUGUAUUAUGCCUUUCAUGGGCCCUAAACACUUUGGCCUUCAUGGGACUCACUCCUUUAAAAAAAAAUCAAAUUACAUUUUACAAUUGUAUUGGUAUGAAGACAUAUAUAAUCUAGGCUAGAUUAUAUUUGCUUCCCCCCCCCCAAUAAUUUU